CAGACUGCGUGUUGUGUCCUGUGACCCCCUCCCAGCCUAUGAUCUGGGUCGGCUGCGAGAUCUCCAAGGAGAGGGUGGACCACGUGCUGCAGUGCCCAAGAGGGGCCAAGUCUCCGGAGGACUUCAUCUACAAGCACCGCAAGGCGCUGGAGUCGGAGCACGUGUCGGCCCACCUGCACGAGUGGAUCGACCUCAUCUUCGGCCACAAGCAGCGGGGGCCCGCGGCCGUGGAGGCCCUCAACGUCUUCUACUACUGCACCUACGAGGGGGCGGUCGACCUUGACGCCAUCACGGACGAGAAGGAGCGAAAGGCGGUGGAGGGGAUGAUCAGCAACUUUGGACAGACCCCCUGUCAGCUGCUGAAGGAACCCCACCCUGUGCGUCUCUCUCUGGAGGAGGCGGAGCGCAGGACGUCCCGCCUGGACAGCUGUCCUCUGACCGUCUUCAAACACCUGACUGAGCUCAAGUCCUUCUUCAUAGAGGGAAUCAGUGACAAUGUGCCACUGAUCAAGGCGGUCGUACCAAAGAACCAAUCACAUUCCUUCAUGACCCAGGGAAGCCCCGACAUCAUGGUGACGGUGAGUCAGAACUGUCUGCUGGGCACCCACGGGUGGCUGCCCUACGACAAGAACAUCUCCAACUACUUCACCUUCAUCAAGGACCCCACUGUGGCGCAUCCCAAGACCCAGCGCGUGCUGGCGGGCCCCUUGGCCCCAGGCGUGGAGCUGGCGGCGGGCCUGUUCGUGGUGUCCCACGACGGCCGGCUGCUGUUCAGCGGUGGCCACUGGGACAACAGCCUGAGGGUCACCUCCCUGCUCAAGGGCAAGACCGUGGGGCAGCACAUCCGACACAUGGACAUUGUGACGUGUCUGGCCACUGACCACUGUGGCAUCCAUCUGAUCUCCGGUUCCCGGGACACCACCUGCAUGGUGUGGCAGGUCCUGCAGCAGGGCGGCGCUCCAGUGGGGCUGUGCCCCAAGCCGGUGCAGGUGCUGUACGGACACACGGACGAGGUGCUCAGCGUCAGCAUCAGCACGGAGCUGGACAUGGCCGUGUCGGGCUCCAGGGACGGCACGGUGAUCAUCCACACGGUGCGGCGGGGCCAGUACAUGCGCUGCCUGCGGCCGCCCUGCGACAGCUCCCUGCCCCUCUCCAUCCUGCACCUGGCCGUCUCCUGGGAGGGACACCUGCUGGUGCACACCUGUCUGGAGGGCAAGGCCUCCCUCAAGGACAAGAACGCGCUGCACCUGUACUCGGUCAACGGGAAGCACCUGGCCAGCGAGCCCCUCCAGGAGCAGGUGACGGACAUGAGCGUGUCCCAGGAGUACGUGGUGUUGGGCAGCGAGCAGGGAUACCUGUCCAUCAGGGACCUGUACAGCCUGUCUCUGUGCGCGGCGCCCCUCGCCAUGCGCGUGCCGGUGCGCUGCGUCUCGGUCACCAAGGAGCAGAGCCACGUGCUGGUGGGGCUGGACGACGGCAAGCUGAUCGUGGUGGGCGUGGGCAAGCCGGCCGAGAUGCGACCGGGCCAGCUGAUUGGUCGAAAGCUGUGGGGCUCCAGCAGCCGCCGGCUCACCCAGAUCUCGGCCGGCGAGACCGAGUACCACCAGGGUGGAGGGGGCGACCAGCACGGGGACUGAGCCCCCCCCCACCACCACCACCACCACCACCACCACCACCCUGCAACCAUACGCUCUGUCUACACCCACGCACACAGCCACAGCCUGUCAUCAACCUAGCAGCACCUUCACCCCCUCCCCCCCCCCCCCCAAUCCCCCCACCCAGAACCAGCCAGCACGCAACCUACAGCGAUUCGCUGCUCCAUUUGAAAAGGGGUGUGUGUGUGUGUGUGUGUGUGUGUGUGUGUGUGUGUGUGUGUGUGUGUGUGUGUGUGUGUGUGUGUGUGUGUGUGUGUGUGUGUGUGUGUGUGUGUGUGUGUGUGUGCGUGCGUCUCCCCCUGGUGCAGGCGCCAUGGGGGCUGGCUCCACCCCCCCCCCCCCCCCCCCCCCCCAACAGCCUAGCACCAUGACACCUUGUGUGUGACACUCAGUGCGUGUGUGUGUGGACACGCGCGACCACAAAUCAAUUUCUCAGUCGCCUUUAGAUCCACACGACAAACUGCUCGACUUUCGUUUUUUCUUUGUUUUGGUUUGUUUUUCUUCUCAGCCUUCGUUUCGUCGGAGUGUGCCGCUCGCGGGCUAACAGAGUUAGCGCGGUGUCGUCGGAAUGGCGGCCGACGGCCCCCGGCUGCCACUUGUCGUCGGUCUGUGGUCCGUGAGAGGUCGUUGGAGCGCGCGACUCUGCUUUGUUGUUGUUUACUUGUUUGACGUGUUUGUUUCACGGCUUUCUUUGGUCGUUUGCCCUCGCUGGUUAGGACAGUGUGGUCAGACCCUGACGCGUGCGCCCUGCACUUUGGCCUCGGUUUGUACAUUUUGUUGCGUUGGUCCUCGCCAUUCGAGUGACGGAGAUUGGACAAGGGCGUGUCUGUCUGCAAAAAGAAUCGGUUAUUUUUCUUGUACCUCCAUAACUGAACCAAGACACUAACGCACACGUGCACGUACACACUACAGAUACAUGAGGAAACCAAUUCACAGACAGCACUACCCUUUCCCCGGGCCGUCUCUGCUUGUAACACACUACGCAACGGUUACUUGAAUCAACCUCGGUUGCUUGAUUUUUUUGUAAUUUAUUCGUGUUAUUUUUUUAAAUUCCAGUACCCUACUUGCCAUCACAUGGCUGAGACUGCAUUUAAAGUCAUGGUGGCACCAAGGCAGGGGCUGGUGCGUCGGCAUGAUUAAAGGGCUCUCUGUCACCUCAUCCUCUCCCCUGUGACGUCAUCCUCUUCCCUGUGACGUCAUCCUCUUCCCUGUGACGUCAUCCUCUUCCCUGUGACGUCAUCCUCCUUCCCUGUGACGUCAUCCUCUUCCCUCUGACGUCAUCCUCUUCCCUGUGACGUCAUCCUCUUCCCUGUGACGUCAUCCUCUCUCCCCUCUGACGUCAUCCUCUUCCCUGUGACGUCAUCCUCCUUCCCUGUGACGUCAUCCUCUUCCCUGUGACGUCAUCCUCUUCCCUGUGACGUCAUCCUCUUCCCUGUGACGUCAUCCUCCUUCCCUGUGACGUCAUCCUCCUUCCCUGUGACGUCAUCCUCUUUCGCUGUGACGUCAUCCUCUUCCCUGUGACGUCAUCCUCUUUCGCUGUGACGUCAUCCUCUUCUCUGUGACGUCAUCCUCCUUCCCUCUGACAUCAUCCUCUAUCGCUGUGACGUCAUCAUUUUCCUUGUGACGUCAUCAUUAAUCCUGUGGCGUCAUUGAUUUUAACAGGAAUGCUACUACUUGUUUUUUUAUUAAUUUUUCCAAGACUCCACGGUAGAUGAUCACUCUCCCAAUCCACUCCACAUGCACACACACACACACACACCCGCGCCCCAAUUUCCACCCACUUUUGUAUGCUUGUGACAUUCAUGUGUGUGUGAGCGCUCAGCCCCUCAUGGGGUCGACGCGUUCACGAUUGUGGCGUUAGUAAAUGUCCGUCUCUACACUCAACAGACAGGUGGUUGAAAGUGUGAAUUUUUCUUGAGCCAAAUCAAUCGUAGAUUUGUGAUUUGUGAAUGCGUUUUUGAAAGCAUUGCAUCAUCAUAAUCAUCAUCAUCAUCAUCCUAACCCUGCCCCCCUCCCUUAGUUUGGGCUGAGUGGCAUCACCCAGUAGCCUUUGAACAUGGAGGGGGACUCAAGAGUACACGGAUGCCCAGCUGGGUCCAUCAUACGAGAAACGUUGCAGUAUUGGAAGACCAAGGGUUCUUUAUGGGUCCUUUCUUAAAAUGUUUAGGGUUUGUUUGGUUUUUAAAAUAAACGGCCUGUUCUCUUUGUAUAUUUGUACAUCUCUCUUAUCAUCGUUCGGCAAACUUUUGCUCUGCGGGUUUUGGAUUUCGAUUUUUUUCUUUCUGGGUUUUUCCAACACUUUUUAGUUUUUAAGUUUUUCCGAGACGGUGACGAAUGCAGUGCCUUUUUCCUCGUUAUGUAGCGUAGGACGAGGUCCUUAGCAUUUUAUCACGCAGGUUAUCCCUUUAGCUGUCGUAGUUCAACACUAUCAUUCCAAGACUAACUAAACCCCCAACCUCAACACCCAGUCUCACAGGGACCCAAAGUUCAAAAGGAAAUCAACUAACGAAAAAAUAUAACUUUUGUGUCUUACCUUUGCCUACACAUCCUUUGUGACUGUCCCCAGAAUGGAUAUCUGUGUGUGUAUAUCUGUGAUUAUUUAUGAAGACAGUAUAUAAUGUACAGCAUGAUUUUUAUUUCAACGUAUUUGAAAUGUACUUUUCUGCACUUUCCAGGUACUAAAUUGUAACAAAUUAUUUUAAUCUGUCUGCCCCGAAAAUCUGUACAGAAAAAUUUGCUUUGUAUUCACUAGUGAGAAAUGAUUAUUAAAGUCUUGUCUAAAUUGAAA